GGUUUGAACUGAAGUGAAACGUUCUCUGGAUUGCUUCAUUUGGAUCAAAAUAGAGGUUUAUCUGACUUAGGCGGGCAAUCUUCGAUUAAGGUUCUUGAUGAGUUUCUGAGCUGUAUCGAAGUAGAUAUAUGUGGAGGUGAUCGUUUUAGUUUUAAAGGUAAGAUUUUGUUGUCCAUUUAUACAGGAGUUGAAGUGAGAGAUGGAGGAUGUGUCCGAGUCUGAUAGUGUGGAGACCUCCAUUAUCCACCUUCCAGAUGAUUGCCUAUCCUUUAUCUUCCAACGACUUGAUAAUGUUGCUGACCAUGAUUCAUUUGGUUUGACUUGUCAUCGCUGGCUCAACAUCCAAAAUAUUAGCCGUCGAUCUUUACAGUUCCAGUGUUCUUUAACUGUCCUGAACCCUGCUAGUCUGUCUCAGACAAAUCCUGAUGUCAAUACCUAUCAUCUCCACAGGCUUCUCACUCGGUUUCAGUGGUUGGAGCAUCUUUCCCUUUCUGGCUGCACGGUGCUGAAUGAUUCGAGUCUCGCCUCGCUCAGGUAUCCCGGUGCAAGACUGCAUAGUCUUUACUUAGAUUGUUGCUUUGGAAUUUCUGAUGAUGGGAUCUCCACAAUUGCUAGCUUUUGUCCCAAUCUCAGAGUUGUUAGUCUCUACCGCUGCAAUAUCAGUGACAUUGGAUUGGAAACAUUGGCCAGGGCUUCCUUGUCUCUAAAAUGCGUGAAUCUCUCAUACUGCCCUCUGGUAUCUGAUUUUGGGAUAAAAUCAUUGUCACAAGCAUGCUUGCAACUUGAGUCAGUGAAAGUCUCAAACUGCAAGAGCAUAACCGGUGUUGGCUUUAACGGCUGUUCUCCAACUCUAGGCUAUGUGGAUGCCGAGUCUUGUCAGCUUGAGCCGAAGGGUAUAACGGGGAUCAUUAGCGGAGGUGGGAUUGAGUUUCUAAAUAUUUCAGGUGGAAGUUGCUACAUCCGCAAAGAUGGGUUGGUACCUAUUGGAUCUGGGAUUGCAUCAAAACUUAGAAUCUUGAACCUAAGGAUGUGCAGAACGGUUGGUGAUGAAUCCAUCGAAGCUAUAGCAAAAGGUUGUCCAUUGCUCCAGGAGUGGAACUUGGCUUUGUGUCAUGAAGUUAAGGUUUCGGGAUGGGAAGCCGUCGGAAAGUGGUGCCGUAACUUGAAGAAACUCCAUGUGAACCGUUGUAGAAACUUAUGUGACCAAGGGUUACUUGCUCUACGAUGCGGUUGCAUGAACCUCCAGAUUCUCUACAUGAACGGGAAUGCGAGGCUGACCCUUACAGCAAUUGAGAUGUUCAGAUUACAUAGAGCCGAUAUAACACUAAGGACAGAAGAAAUGAUGGUCAUAGGACCAGACUGGAGACUAUAUGCACAAGAAUGAAGCAUCAAUUUGUACCCAACAGUACAUGAUUCUUUCAAGUUCAUACGAGAUUUUUGGGACCAAUGUGUUGGUCCUGUCCAGAGGCAAACUGCAAGAAAAGAUGUAUUCUAGAAUAGGCUUCAAGUUGUUAAUAAAGUAUCAAAAUCUUU